AUGACAGUUCCGACGAUUCCGUCAAGAUCCGCAACACCCAAGGCAAGGGGUGUUCCUUGUCCAAAAAGGGCAAGAGGGGCAAGGGGAGGCAAUGACUCCUCCAUCCGGAGUAUGAAGGAUCCGGACGACCACGUCGAAGGUGAUGAGUAUGACAAUGUCGAAAUUGAGUCCGCUCAAGAGGAUGAUUCUACUGCACCUGUGAAGAAAGAACGGGCGAAAAAGCAGAAGAAUCCGUCAAAGUGGAAGCACAAGCAUGCCAAGUCUUGUCGAAGCCCUAUCUCCUGCCGCGUAGACAACAAGAAAACAAGAGCUAUCCUAGACCCAGGGACUGAGUGCGGCAUUGUUGGUGGGGACAUAUGGACAGUUCUGGAAAAGGUGAUUGGUCUAGAAGCCCAGCUAGGCGGAGCUUUAGCAGGGAUGGGCACAUGCAGUCUGCCACUGGUUAACGCGGUGGCUGCGUACGAUCAUUCUAAAGAAGGAACAAUCCUAAUUGGUGCCGGUAACGUGGGACAUGAUGAACAAAGCACCCGGACGGAGUUGUUGCUCAACACGCACAAGAUACGAAAACACAGUGUCAUUGUUUCGGACACAACCAUCCGGGAUGGAGGGCUUCAAAGCAUUGAAGUCAACGGAAUUUCCAUUGCAUUCGACUUUGUCUAUGAGAAAACGGUUUCGUUUUACCUAUGCAAACCGACCAAAAGGAGCUAG